CCCUGGAAAGGCAAUCUGAACAGCAAAAGUGUUGAGCAGCAGAGAAGACGGCUGAACAAGCAGUUGGAGAGAUUUAAGAUAACCAGAUCACAGAACCAGACGCUCUACCAACCAUCCAUGUGACAUUGAUUCUCCUUCAUCUAAUUCAGAGAGGGGCCUCCUGUCUUCAUCAUCACAAGAACAGGACGGAGCAUCUGCUAAGUGAGCUGUGGUGGCCACUCUUGCAGGAGGAACUUCAUUUCACUAGAUUGCAGCUGACAAGCACUUCAAGCCUGUCUCCAUUUUGAGUGAGAAUCAAGACAGCCUGAUCAUUGAGCUGGAAUCUAGCCAAUCCACAUAAUACUAGUAUCUUCCGUAUUGUACCAUUCAAGCAACUUGAUCAAGCAUUCCUUGGAAAUUCAGCUGAAGAAGAACAAACUGUAUGAACUGAAAUCCUUACUUGGUUAAAAGACAAAAGGGGUUUGGGUAUAGGUUUGAUAAGGACUCAUUUAUCAGUGACAAGAAUUGCCAGGCACUUAAAUUCUUGGUAACAGUCUCUUGGUACACAAAUUUAAAUCAUGAAUGCUGAGUAUGUCUUAUGUAAUUGGAAUGACCAGUUAUGGCCCGCAAAGGUUUUGUCUGUAUCUGAGAUUACAUCAGAUAGUAAGAGAAAAAGGGUAUUUUCCCUCGAAGUCCAAAUUCUCUUACUGGGUGAAAUAAUUAAAGUGGAAAGCACUGAAACAAAGGCCCUAGAUAAAUCUCAGAUUGAAGCAAUUGUCUCCUCAGUAGCAGCACAGUCAGAUAUCAGUGCAUCACCUAGAGAGGAAACAGCCUAUGAAAGGUCUCUAAAAGUGGCACUGAGUAUUCUGAAUGAGAAUCAAGAUUUGAUUCAAAUAAGCAGUUCAGAUGAAGAAGAGACCACUACAUUGUCUGGAAGCAUACCACAACCCCAUCUUAAAAUGUAUCAGAACCAAGAAAGUGGAAAUUCACCAUCCCCAUUUGUAUCUUCAGAAAGUGAUAAUUCCCUUUGUGACGACAAAUUACAGGUGCCCUCAACCUAUGAUACUAAUGUAAGUGUAAUGGAAAUGAAGUCAUUGCCAAACUUCAGUUGGUGUGAGACUGUCCCUUCACCUUCAGAAGAAGGUGAUGAUAAAAAGGAGAGUAAGAAAAAGAUUGACAUGUCAGCAGUCAUAUAUUUUUAUUCCACAAUGAAAGAGGAGGGUGAUCUUGUUAAAGAGGAAAAGUUCUAUCCAGCACCAUCAGAUAUAUUCACUGUGCCCAAACUUUUGAAAGAAGAGUCACAGAAUAUCCCCACAGAAACCCUGGAUCUAUCCUAUGAAUGCUCUAAUUUGCCUUUGCCUGAGAAUAUUGAAGAUCCUGGAGAGGGUCCUUCAAAUGCAUGCUCUGUUAUCACUCGUUAUCAACCUGUAGUGGUAUCAGAGCCAGAAAUUGAGGCACCCCCAGAACCCAGUUCAAGUGACUGUCAGCUUUCAUUAAGUGCCUCUAACAGUAACCUGGAUUAUUCACUCCCACUAAAUAGUGAAAGAUAUUGGCAGGAAGUGGAUUUGGAGGAAGUAGGGGGAGAACAGCAAGCCUCUGACAAAUCAGGGCAUCAAAGUGCUCUUGAAGCUUCCAUCCUCAAUGAAAGUGAAGAAGAGGAAGAACUUCCACGCAUGAUUCUUCAUUAUGAACCACGUCCAUUUGAAGUAGGAAUGAUAGUCUGGUUUAAAUACCAAAAAUAUCCAUACUGGCCAGCAGUAAUAAAAAGCAUCAGGCGAAAGGAGAGAAAAGCCAGUUUACUCUUUGUUGAGGUUAACAUGAAUCCUGCAAACAGAGGCAUUAGGGUGUCUUUUAGAAGAUUGAAGAAAUACGAUUGUAAAGAGAAAAAAGAACUAGUAGAAAAGGCCAAAGAAGAAUACUAUGAAAGUAUUGAGUGGUGCCUGUCACUGAUCUGUGACUACAGAGUUAAACUAGGCUGCCGUUCUUUUUCAGGCUCUUUCUUUGAGUAUUAUGCAGCUGACAUUAGUUAUCCACUUCGAAAAGGAACCGACCAGGCUGCUUUCAGACACAAAUUUCCAAAACUGCGUAACGAAGAUGCCAAGGAAUUGUUGGCUGUGAAACCCCCUGAAAAGAGAAAGAUUUUUCAGAAAAUUCUUCCUGACCGAAUGAAACCUGCUCGGGAUAGAGCCAAUCAAAACCUCCUAAACUUUAUUGUGAAUGAGAAAGGAGCAGAGGGCCAUCUUCUAGGUAUUUUGAAUGGCACAAAAGAAUCCAAGUGGCUGAAUGCAUUUUUACAUGCAAACAGACUUUCCCGCUGUAUUGAGACCUACUUUGAAGAUGAAGAUCAGUUGGACAAGGUGAUGAAAUACUUAAAUGAAAUCUAUGAACAAAUAGAUGGAGAAAUUCCGAGUAUGAUAAAAGAUGAUAAAAUCAAAUUUAUCUUGGAAGUUCUUCUGCCAGAAGCAAUCAUUUGUUCAAUUUCUGCUGUUGAUGGCUUAGAUUACAAGCUAGCUGAAGCAAAGUAUCUAAAAGGACCAUCUCUAGGUUACAGGGAAAGAGAAUUAUUUGAUGCAAAAAUAUUAACUGGAAAGAGACGGAGACCAGCGACAAAUGAAGGUCACUAAAUAUUUUGGUCUCCAACUGUAACAGGAAGAUUUAGCUUUCACAGAUAUUUUUAA